AUGGCCAGCGCAAUCAAAACCGCCGCCCAGUCAGUCCUGGCUGCGGCGACCGAUAACGCCAAGAUCGCAGACUUGCAGAGAGACAUACAAGACCCAUCGAAGAGGCCGACCAAAAGCCUAACGACAGACCAUGGUGUCUUCGUGUCGGACACUGAUAACUGGCUGAAGGCGCAAACCAAGGCCCAUGUCGGACCCUCCCUGCUGGAGGAUCAGAUCGGUCGCGAGAAGAUCCACCGCUUCGACCAUGAGCGCAUUCCAGAGCGAGUCGUUCAUGCCCGAGGCGCUGCCGCUCAUGGAUACUUCAAGGUCUUCGACAACAGUGCAUCAAAGUAUACCUACGCACCUGUGCUCUCGGACCCAUCGCGUACGACGCCGGUCUUCUUGCGCUUUAGUACUGUCCAAGGCUCUCGCGGUAGUGCGGACACAGUUCGGGACGUCAGAGGGUUCGCUGUCAAGUUCUACACGCAGGAGGGUAACUGGGACAUCGUCGGAAACGACAUACCCGUGUUCUUUAUCCAGGACGCCAUCAAGUUCCCGGACUUCGUGCAUGCGGUCAAGCCUGAACCCCACAACGAGGUGCCCCAAGGCCAGAGCGCGCACAACAACUUCUGGGAUUAUGUUGGACUCCAGCCCGAAGCCACGCAUAUGGUCAUGUGGGCUAUGUCCGACAGAGGGAUUCCGCGCUCUUACCGCAUGAUACAGGGCUUCGGAGUGAACACGUAUACCCUGGUGAACGCGGAAGGCAAGCGACACUUCGUGAAGUUCCAUUUCAUGCCCGAGCUAGGCGUAUGCAGCCUGAUGUGGGACGAAGCGCUCAAGCUAUGCGGGCAAGACCCUGACUUCCAUCGCAAGGAUCUCAACGAAGCUAUCGAUACUGGCGCGUACCCGAAGUGGACGUUCGGAAUCCAAGUCAUCCCCGAGUCCGCAGAGAACGACUUCGACUUCGACAUUCUGGACGCCACCAAGAUCUGGCCCGAGGAGCUGGUGCCCAUGCAGGUCAUAGGCGAGCUUGUGCUGAACCGUGUCGUCGACGAGUACUUCACCGAAACGGAGCAGGUCGCUUUCUGCACCUCGCACGUCGUCCCUGGGAUCGGCCUCAGCGAUGACCCCCUGUUGCAAGGAAGGAACUUCUCGUACUUCGACACGCAGAUAACGAGGCUCGGAAUCAACUGGCAGGAGCUACCAAUCAACCGCCCCGUUUGCCCGGUCUUGAACCACCAGCGCGACGGAGCUUUGCGGCACAGGAUCACCAAGGGCAGUAUCAACUACUGGCCGAACCGAGCGGCUAUUGGAGGGCCCGUGCCAACACAAGAAGGCGGCUACUAUGACUACCCGCAGAAGGUCGAAGGCGUCAAGCAGCGCUACCGCGGCGAGAAAUUCAACGAGCACUACAACCAGGCUCAGCUCUUCUAUAACUCGCUGACCGAAUAUGAGAAAGCGCACCUGGUGUCCGCCAUUUCCUUCGAGCUCAGUCACUGUGACGAUCCCGUCGUGUACGAGACCUACACGAAGGUAAUGAACAACGUCGACUUCGAGCUGACGAAGCAAGUCGCGGAGAAGGUCGGAGGAGUCAUGCCGAGCGAGCCUGCCCGCCCGAACCACGGGAAGAAGAGCGCUACUCUGUCGCAGCUGUACUACAAGCCAAAGGAGCCCACGAUCAAGAGUCGCCGCAUCGCGAUCCUGCUCGGAGACGGGUACGACCUCGCGGAGGUUGAGGGACUUCGUGCAGCGAUCAAGGCUGGCUCAGCGACGAGCUGGGUGAUAGGGCCGAGGAGGGGCAGGGUGUAUCCGAAGGGCGAGAAGGGGGGCGACGUCGGCGUGUGGGCUGACCAUCACUUUGAGGGACAGCGGAGCACGAUGUUCGACGCCGUCAUCGUGCCCAGCGGAGACCAUGCCGCGACGCUGGCAAAGAUGGGACGCGCCGUGCACUGGGUCCGGGAGGCAUUCGGGCACUGCAAGGCUAUCGGCGCGUUGGGCGAAGGUGUCAAGUUCGUGCACGACGCGCUGCACGUUCCGCACUUGAGGUUCGCCCAUGACCUGCAUAGCAACGACGUCGUGGUGGCCUACGGUGUCGUCACGGCUGGGAGGUACGACGCGGGGUCCGCCGCCGCUGACGUGCUGAAGAUCGAGCAAAACGCGAAGGGCUUCAUCUCGAGCUUCGCACUGGAGGUGAGCAAGCAUAGGUGCUAUGAGCGGGAGCUGGACGGCCUGGUCGAGAUGGUUGCGUACUGAGCGAUAGCGCGGACUCGCUCCAGUCGCACGCGAGGGGGCAGACCAUCAAUCUCGUUUUGUUCAGGGAUGUGAGCGAGAAGCUGGACGUUGAAAAGGGCCAGGAGGUCGACGUCGAAGUCAUGGUCGCCGGUCCAAGCCGUCGUCGGGGAGGAACUGUAAGAUGAGUAGCAGAAGAUGAGAUGAUUAAAGCCCAACUGUAGCAUCGAGCUCAUUUGUAUCAAUAGCAGAGCAGACGAAUGGAUAUGUUGCAAGAGAUGUCAUGGGUUUGAUUCACUGCAAUAUUGGACGACAACGAGACUCGCUGCGGCCUGCC